AUCAAGUUUAUGGAGUCCCCCUCGAUGAAGAGCAAUGUCUUUGUCUGUGGACCAUCGAGCAAAUAUGGCGGCUUCGCAAUAGAUGGAAAUCUUGAACGAGCAAAAAUGAAAUGAUUUCACUUCAGUGUUAUUGUCCACGUUCGCAGCUGCAGAAAGAAACGGUCCUGAGGCCUUCUAGGAAUGUCUGGUUUGAGGGAGAGUGCCAAAGUAGAGGAAAAUGAUACCUCAAUGUCAAGGAACUCUCAGGACCUUAUGAACAGCGAGGCAUUCUGUGCAGAAGGAACUACAUCAGGACCGUCAAUGCAUUGUCCUCAAGAAACCAUGGCACUACUCAGUGACCAAGGAGACCUCCUGACCAGUGUUGGUUUUAUGGACUCCAUCUGCUCAGAUGGACCAGCCAAGGCUGCUUACGUCAAUGGAUCCACCUCACCCCAUAUCUCAGAUGAAAUCUUGUUGGAUAUUUCAAAAAAUGUACCAGGAUUCCUUCCCAAAUCAUUACACGCUCAGAAUUCUGUCACAACCAACGUCCACUUUGAAGGACCCGAUCCACUCAGAAAAGAGGGGGAAAUAACAAUCAGGCAAACAUUGACAGCGGAGGAUGUGGAGAAUAGGGGAAUAUGGGGCUUUGAUACAGAAUCUCCAGAACAUUCAUUAGAUAAUUAUGAUGAUGGGAAUGACCUUAGCUGGAAUCCCCAAAGAGAAUUUAUGAAGUUCCUGUGGGAUGAUGAUAAUGGUCUUGAAAUGGAGGGAAAAAUGUCCCCUGUUCCUUCACCCAUCAACCACAAAAGAAGAGUUCCUUCACCACUCGGCCAUAAAAGAAGAAAACGUAAAGAAAAACUGGUGUUAAAAGUCGAUCCUUCAGAGGACAUCUACUCUGAGCUGAAUUUUGAUUCAAAAAAAGAUCACCUAGGUGAAGGAAGCCGGAUAGAAUGCAAUCCUGUUAAGAAGACACGUUCCCCAAGGAAACCAUCCAAAUUACAGUCACCCAUUGUAAAACGUACCAAGUAUUUUAAUGGAGCUGCUGAGGCAGUCAAAAACCUAUUUGCCAAACCAGCAAAAAAGCCUAUUAGCAAGACUCAAAAGAUGGGAUUGAUUACAGAAACUUUGCCAUCAGACUCAUGUUCUGUAGAGGAACCUACAUUUUUUCCACGUAACAGUGGUUUUCAAGAGAAAUCUCCAAAACACAGACAAAUUACAUGUAAUACAGACACAACUAGUUCAAAGCCAUUCAUAUGUAAGGAAUGUGGACAGUGUUACCAUGAUCAGAGUUCACUGUUAAGUCACAUAACUGUUCACCAGGACAAGCAACAGAAAAUUACGAAAGAAAUAAAUGAGUUGCAACAAAUUAAAGAUGAAGGAAAAGAUGCAAAGUUGCAGUGCCCACAGUGCACCUUUGGAACAAACUGUCCGAACACCUUUGUGCAACACGCUAAGACCCAUGAGAAGGACAAGCGGUACUAUAGUUGUAAUAAGUGUGAUUUUGUCGAAAUGAAUGAAGUUGAACUGAGACGCCAUUUGCUUCAUAAACAUGGCGUCAGUGGUGCUGAGCUUACUGUUUGGAAAUCAGAUGGAUUUCAGGAGCGUAAAGUCAAUAAAUCAGCAUGUCCAAUUUCCUUCUCCCAUUCUUUUCAAAGAAAAACUAAAAGAAUCACUGGAAAUCAUGUUGAGGCUUCAUGUCAACCGCAGUUUAAUGAAGAACGGGCAUCCUCACAUUCCCUUGACAAUAGUGAUGAAGAGCCAUCUCCAACUGAACAGCCGUUCUCUUUUUGCAAAGUUCUUAAAUUAUGUGCAAAACCAACAGCAAGGUCACCAAAACUGUCGUUAAAGCUCCGGGCACCAGACAAAAACAAAAGCUUGUCAUCCAAUGAGAAGUGCGGUCUUGUGCGGAAGAAGAAAGUGUGGAUGAAUAAAGGUGUCCAAAGCCAAUCAAAACUUGACAAAUCAAUUCACACACUUUUAUCCAGGAAGAAACACAGUGACCAGAGUGCCUCAGAAUGCAACACUCAUCAGGAGCCUGAUGGAAGCAGUACAACAGAGUGUCUUGAUGAUUCCCUCAGUUGCGAGACCACAUUCUCUGGAACAGGAGCUAGUUCGUCCCCCUUAAAGUAUCUGAAAAGAUUGGCUCAUUCUAAAGAAGGGAACACUAAAAGAACUUCUAAGUCUGAUGAAAACAUCACUUGUUCAGAAGAUGUUGGAAACACCAGCUACACUCAUUUAAGUUUGGAAAAGCAAAAGUUGAAGAAGUCACCUUCCAAAAGGAAAAUGUCUUCUCCAUUCCACAAUAUGCAGGGUCAAGAUAUUCUUUUAGAUUUCCCCAAAUGUCGACAAAACUUUAAGAAACCUGAAACAUCCAAGAGGAGUAAAGAAAUUAACAACGGUCACUUUAUGUGUGAUUCUUAUGAUAAUCUUGGACUUGAAGAAUGUGAAAGUAAUGAGAAUGCUAAUGCACGUUUUGUAAAAAAACAGACUUCACCUGCAAAGGCAAGUCUUGGUGCCUCAACUAGUCACUUUGAGAAAAAUCACAGUUCCCCAAGGAUGUUUCCUGUCAAAAAUGAAUGCAAGGAUGAAGAAAUCUCAGAACAGAUCACAGCUGUAAAGCAUGAACCGAGCUCAGACGUUGAGACAGAUCUGAAGGCUUGUCCGUACUGUCCUGCUGUAUUUGAGUCAGGAAUUAGCCUCUCUAAUCAUAUAAGAGGACAUUUGCACAGAGUGGGCCUCAAAGCACGGAAAGCUGCAUCUGCAGCUAAGGUGACUUCUCUUGACAAAGUACCUCCAGUUCGACGAAGAACACUGCCACAAGUCAAAACAGAAGUGGGUACAUCCCAGACUGAUCAUCCAGCACAGCUGAAAACUGACUGCCAACAGACAGAGCUUAUCUGUCCUCUCUGUAGGGAAUGGUUUGACACAAGGACUGGGCUGUCCAACCAUGUACGAGGCCACCUGAAGCGCCUGGGCAAACCUUCUUCCACCUCGUCUAAAUCUCCUGUGAUCAUAUUGAAAGAAUUGAUGCGUGACAAGAAACAGUUUCAGAUGAAGCUACAGGUUCUUGAGAAGAAGUGUCGCGCCACCAAUACUUUCCAUCCUUUUAGGUUGAGUAACGGUUUAACCUUUGCAUCUACUGUCAAACGGGAGAAAGAUGAUAAGGAGGAAAAGAAAAGGAUAGACAUUAAUAAAGGCUCACCACCAAGUGAUCUGAUUGGAAUUUUGAAGAAGAGAAGAGCCCAUGAAGAGACCAAAGCAAAGCACUCAUCCUACACUGCCAGGAAGUCUCUCCUUUUAUCUCCAGGCAAAGACUGUGAUAUGGAGAUACAACCUUUCAAAGCUGUGCCAAAUUCACUAGCAGAAAAAAGUGAACUCAAUAGAAAAGUGUGCGUGCACUGUAAUACCACAUUCCACAGUGGUGUUAGUCUCUCCAAUCAUUUGAGGGCAUAUGCACAUAGAAAGAAAAAAGCUCUUCUGGACGGAACUACUUUUGACUGUAAACAGAGAAAGCAAAGAUCAAGGUCUGGGUCAAAGAAGAAAAUGUACCCACUGCUGCACACACCAGAAGAAAUCUAUAGACUCACUUGCAGGUUUUGUGAUCUAGUCUUCCAAGGCCCUUUGUCAGUGCAGGAGGACUGGAUAAAACAUUUACAGAGGCACAUCAUGAAUACCGCUGUACCGCACACAGGGGCAGGGAUGGUGGAAGUCACCUUCCCCAAGGAUUUUUGCCCCAACACCAUCACAGUACCACAGGCACAACCUUCAGUGAUGCAAACAUCCUCAUGAGCCUAAGAACACACUAUUUGUCCUUUGAAUAUCACUUGUAUGUAAAUUGUUUGGUUCCCAUUUAAAUUUUAUAUUGCCAUCAGUAAGGACUUCUGUUUUUUACUCUUAGUGAGGAUCCAUUCUAGUCACAGACCGCUUUUUAGAUAUUGUUACAUUGUGCUGGUAUUGUAUAUGGUCAAAGAACGUACGAAUGGUGGGUGAAUAUGUUGAGAUUUCAGUGAAACCCACCACCAAAAGACAACCUUUACCUCAGAUGCUUCUCACAUUGAGUUUAAUCUGUCAAUGCAGAUUUAUGCUCUACAAAAACUGAAAUGAUUCUGUAUGUGGAUUUUAUAACAACCCAUUUUUAUUUGAGAACCAACGUGAUUUUUUUUUUGUCCCAUCCAUAGAUUUUAGAAGGUGCACAUAUGAUGCAUAUAUGUAUAAAUUUAAGUCUACACAUUAACUUCAGAAGUUUGACUCAUGCAAACACAUCAGUCAUUAUGUGAAACAACCCAUUCUAUUGAUAUUAAAAGGUCAGAGUAUGCAUGUCAUAAUUCUCUGUUUACACCGUUUCCUGUAACAUUUUGGUUUUUAUCACCGUUUUGAUUUUAUCUUAAAUCUGUAAGUUUGCCACGUGUGCAAAAAAACAAACAAAAAAACCCAUUAACUGUUAUUUGUGUAAACCAUUUUUUUACGGUUCAAAUAUUUUGUGUGUAUAAACCUUUUUAGGUAAUUUAUGUGAAAAAAAAAUGUAAAUCACUAUAAAGAAUUUUGCUGUUCAGAAUAAAGUGUAUUUGUCGUCUUCA